AUCUUUGUAAUAUCCAGGAGUGGAAAGAAGGUUAUCCUCGAACAGAUGAGUUCAUCCGACACGGUGCUGAAUCUCAAGUUAAGGAUUCGAGAGGAGGAGGGUACACAGAUUCAUAGACAAAGGCUCAUCUUCAAUGGAAAGCAAUUAGAGGAUGAACGGACUCUCUCCGACUACAGCAUCGGGAAGGGAGAAACUGUGCACAUGGUCAUGCAACUAACAGGCGGA